ACAGCCGUCCAUCCCCUCACUGAACGGACCCCCCGCUGGCGCUGUCGAAUUUCCCAUCCGCGAAAAAUUCAAAUAACCCCACGGACGUUAGAAUAAUCCUCGCAUCGUCUGCCCGCAAAUUCGUAAGAUAAAGGUGAAAUUUCGACGCCUCUCGACCGGCGAACGGACGCGGCAGGGCGGUACCUUGCGCCGCACUCCGGAGCCUGGCGUCGCGGCGCAUACACCAUCCAACCGGCGUCCAGGUCGCACGCGUCGGUCCCGAAGUCGCAUCGAGUCCGCGUAUUCGUAAUACGAUCAGUGCCAUGGAACACCGGAGUGUUGGACUUGAUCCCUUCACGAGAACCGUGUCAAAGUAUAAAUAACUAGUGGACUAACUAACUAACAAUAAGAUUUAUUGUAAAUUAGAUUAAGAUUAGAGUUAAGUACCGUUAAAUCAUUGAUGUAACUAUUAACUAGACGCGGCUUUAAGAUGUGAUAAAACCUGAUGUGUCGACAAGGUUGAUGAACAAUCAGAAAAUGGAGCUGGACGGCGAUGCCAGGUUUCUGAUAGGCAAUGACACCUCCAACCUAACGGACAGCCUCAACAACACCUUAGAAUUAUAUAACAUUCUGGCCCCCCUAGACGUUGGUCAGUACUUGGAGAAGAUCAGUCUCCCGACUGAUCUUUUGGCAUCCGAUUCGACCAAAUACCACGACAAUCAGGUCUUCAAUUGCAGUUUGCUACUGAAUGGAACGAAUGGCACAUGUGAAACGAACGUGGUCGACGUACACAAGAAUUAUUGGGCCUUGAUAUUAGUGCUGUUUCCGAUUUUCACCCUCUUCGGCAACGUCCUGGUUAUUUUGAGUGUCUAUAGAGAACGGACUUUGCAGACAGCCACCAAUUAUUUCAUCGUUAGCUUGGCGCUCGCCGAUCUUCUAGUCGCUGUUGUUGUUAUGCCGUUUGCAGUUUAUGUUUUGUUUAAUGGUACAUGGGGACUUCCAGGGUUUGUGUGCGACUUUUACAUAGCCAUGGAUGUAACUUGUUCCACGUCGUCCAUCUUUAAUUUAGUAGCGAUUUCAAUAGACCGAUAUAUAGCCGUUACGCAACCAAUAAAGUACGCAAAACACAAAAAUAACCGAAGAGUCUGGCUGACGAUCGCCCUGGUCUGGAUGAUAUCGGCGGCAAUUGGGUCGCCCAUCGUCCUGGGACUGAACAACACCCCAGAUCGGGUCGCGGACGCAUGCCUGUUCUACAACAGCGACUUCAUCAUCUACUCCAGCCUCUCCUCUUUCUACAUACCUUGUAUUAUUAUGGUCUUUCUUUACUACAACAUAUUCCGGGCUCUUCGAAACAGGGCGAUGCAGUCGCGACUGAACCGCAAGCCGUUGCCGUGCGAGAUCAAGCCGGGCAGCGUGAUCGAGAACGUGGCAAAUCCGGGACGGUUGGCGGAAACCGCCCUCGGUCCGACGAUCGAGGAGCAGGCCACCAACACCGGGUCCGGAUCCGGCGACGAGGACGACGACGCCCCCGACGCCGAAUGUCACGUCAUCUCGAACGACAAGAGCACAGAGUUCAUACUCGCCACCGUCGUCGAGGAAGCGGCGUACACGCAUCAAAACUCUGAUGGGUCGUAUGACAAAAUCAUAUCGACCGUAGUGGCCAGUCUGGCAUCACCACCGAACCUGGCCGACCCCAACGGCAACAACGAUUCAGGAUACGCACCCAGUCAGCAGGAUAACGUCCUCGAAAGCCCCAGGAAUCAGUCCGUGCAGAGGAGCCAGUCCAAACGAAAUGGUGUCGACACCGAACUCAGGCCGAUAAGGACGAUAAGCGGGGCGAACAGCACCCCGCCUCCACGAUCAACGGGGUCGAAGAAGGAACGGAAAGCGACGGCAGCAGCCCGCUUCACCAUCUACAAAGUGAACAAAGCCAGCCGAAAGAAACGAGAAAAAUCAUCCGCCAAGAAAGAGAGGAAAGCUACCAAGACGCUGGCCAUUGUACUGGGUGUCUUCCUAAUAUGCUGGGUCCCGUUUUUUACUUGCAACAUCCUGGACGCUAUGUGCAGUAAAUUGAGUUUGAACUGUCAGCCCGGAGUGGCGGCAUUCCUGCUGACUACUUGGCUCGGUUACAUGAAUAGUUUCGUUAACCCGGUCAUCUACACUAUCUUCAAUCCGGAAUUCAGGAAGGCGUUCAAGAAGAUUAUGUACAUUGGCCCGUAGGCCUUCAUUCUAGACAGCGCUAAAUGCGCACACAACGACGGGGAUUAAAUGAAACCGCUUUAAAAGUUACUUCGAAAUUUCCCGACAUUGAAUUAUCCACGUUUCACGUAUGAAGUUCAAACAAUGACCGUGAUAAUGUAACUAUGAAGUGCUGUGGACUUUUGUUCGCUGAAAUUAUCUGGUCGCUGUACUAAUAACACUUUUGAAAACACCCACUGUUUAAAUUAAUGGCAAACCUCGGUUUCGUUUCAUCCCAGUCUGGAUUUAGUUAAAUUAAAACGUGCUCGGGGGGGUCACAAUUUUACCGGUGAUGUAUAUUCGUUUCGAUUCUCAUGAAUGUGGCUGUGAUUUUUCAAAAUAUAUCUUAAUACUGUGUUCCCGUUGUUUUAAAAUUGAUGGCCCCGGUAAAAUGUGAUGCAAAGAUUUAAAUCGCGAGAAAUGCACUUCAGGCAAAAUAUGAGUAAUAAGGGUAAUUCAUAUGCUUUGAUAAAAACAACGUGAUAGGCUAUAAUUUACAUAAAUGGGGUCGAAAAUAUUGUUCAUUAAUUGGUGCUUCUAGGAAAUUUGUGUACAUAGGACGUUUGUAAAUAUUUACGUGUGAAGUUUGAAGAACACAUCGUUUUAUUUUUAACCCCAUUUCGUGUGUGUCUUCGAAUAAAUGCAUCAUAUUUUACGAGCAACUGCUCAAUAAUUUUGUUCCUUUUAAUUACGCUCAAGACCUAGUUUAAAUCAUGAUCAGUUCUCACCACGCCAUCAAACUAUUUUACAAAGACAUUCCGAAUUUACUGCAAACAUAUCACCAAUUCAUUACUGUUAAGUAAAAUACACAUUUUGCAAAUAUCGAGCUUGAACCAUUGAUAAUAAUUAGCGUUUUUAAUACCAGUUAAUGUUGCUGUUGUGGGUUUGGAACUUGCGCGUAUAAUUUGGAUUUUGUACAUAUUUGUAUAGCUCUGUACAUAACUGUAGAUCUUGCUAAGGUUUUUGUGUAAUACUUGCUAAGGCCUAAUGCGCGGGCCAGAAUUUAUUGACGUAAGUUCCAAAUCGAAAUAAUUCUUAGAACGGGUCGAAGUGUUUCAAAUAAUUCAAUUUUUAUUAUUCAAUUAAUAGAUCUCUAAUGUAAAAUAAGAGCAUAGAUAUUAUGUUGGAUUGUUUGAACUCGACCAAAAAAUAAAUAGUGUUUAAUUCCAAAUAUAUGAUUCUGUGAUCUAUGUAAAUUUUUACUACCUGUUUUUAUUGUUUUUGUGUUGUGUAUGUUAUAUAGUAUAUAUAAGAAUCGAUUGAAUUGGAUAAAAUUUGUGCGACAAUCACUGGAAAGACUAAACAAGAUAAUAUUCUAAAGCUCUAUUACAAUUCUGAAGGACUAACACAAGAGAAAAUAUUAUAAAACUUUUUCGAUGUUCAUUAAUAAUUUUCUUCGGUUAUUUUUAAACAUAAAAAUGAUUAGUGAAGUUUUCGUCUAUUUUCUUGACCAAUUUGAAUAGUUGUAUCAAAAUAUUUUGCUUGGUUGGUCGAUCCAAACAAAAAUAUGACGAAGUUUGAAGUUUUGGAAUAAAACUUUUGUGUAUCUCAUUUUUCCGCUUACGCUUUAGUCAGUAUAGAAAAAAGUUGAGAGUGUUUUCAUAAUAUUUGCUCUUUACAAGCGUUUUAAACGACUAUCGAGGUAAAAUAAUCAAGUUGUUGUUUUUGGACGCGUCCAAAAUUGAAAUUUAACAUAUCUUCAACAUACCAAUACGUCUAAUAUAUCACAUGGAUUGAAUUUUAUCCAAUUUCAUAAAUAGUAUUGCAUGUUAUACACUAAAGACAAAAUAAUAUCUAUUUGUUAUUGUUUACUGUUCAUCAUAUACUAAAGUUAAAUAUAGAGUUAAUAUUUAAGCUGUGUAAAUAUUGUACAUAAACUAGAUAAAAAUUGGUGUAUACUUAUAUGAAAAAAAAAUGGCAGUAUUACCUUACUUCAUUUUACGAAACCUAUAAAAGACAAUUUUCACGAGAAUGUGUUUAACAGUUUCGAAUACUUUUCCAAAUUGUUGUACACUGAGCCCCAUUUCUUGUGAAAUUUCUCUUUUAAGUUAUAAAAUAAAACUUCCAUCCCUUGUAAAUCAAAAACCUACGCUUACUAACUUAUAAAGUAUGUAUGAUAGACA